AUGCUGAGCGCUUUUAAGAUGGAGGCGCACGAUCACCCGGACUGGAGCGGCAGCAGCUACUACGGAGAGACCGAGUGUUACAUGAACUCUGGUUUGUCCAUGAACUCCAUGAGCGGCUACAUGAGCGCGCCUGGCAUGACCGGCCCCGGCCCCAUGAACGCGCCCUACGCGAACCCGGUGGGGGGGAGCCACUCGUCGGUACCGGGCGGGAUGUGUCAGAGCCCCGGGGCCGCGGUGCACCCUGGAGCCGGGAUGGCCCCGGGCCUGGGCUCCCUCAGCCCGCCGCCGUACGGCAGCAUGAUGAGCCCGGGCUACGGGCAGGCCUGCAGCCUCCGGGCCCGGGAGCCCAAGCCCUACCGGAGGAGCUACACGCACGCGAAGCCUCCGUACUCGUACAUCUCCCUGAUCACCAUGGCCAUCCAGCAGGCCGCCUCCAAGCGGCUGACCCUGAACGAGAUCUACCAGUGGAUCACCGACCUGUUCCCGUUCUACCGGCAGAACCAGCAGCGCUGGCAGAACUCCAUCCGCCACUCGCUGUCCUUCAACGACUGCUUCAUCAAGGUGCCGCGGUCCCCGGAGCGGCCGGGCAAGGGCUCGUUCUGGGCCCUGCACCCGGACUCCGGCAACAUGUUCGAGAACGGCUGCUACCUGCGGCGGCAGAAGCGCUUCAAGACCGGGAGGAGGCCCGGGGGGCCCGGGGCUGGGGCCGGGGCUGGGACCGGGGCCGCGGGGAGGCCCGGCUCGGAGGGCGGCUCGGUCACCAGCACCAGUCCCGGGUCGGACUCCCAGCUCUCCCCGGCCUGCUCCUCCUCUCCCGCGGCCUCAGAGGUGAAGAGCUCCGGGGUCAAAGCUCACCUGCCCUCCAGCCCCGUGCGCGUGCCCUCCCCUCUCGCGCACACGCAGCAGCUGUUCUCCCAUCAUCACCAUCACGCGCUGCUGAUGCACGAGGCCGCUCACCUGAAACCAGACCCCCACCACCACCACCAGCACCACCCCCAGCACCACCCCCCCUACCCGUCCUUCAACCACCCGUUCUCCAUCAACAACCUCAUGUCCGAGCCGCAGUACGUCGGGUACGGCUGCCCGGUGUCCGCGGCCCCGCUGGGGGCCACCAAGCCGGGCAUGGAGCCCCCCCACACCGACCCCAGCUACUACCACAGCGUGUACAGACCCAUCAUGAACUCAUGA